UCACAUGACUUCCUCCGCGACCUAGCAUUGUUAGCAAGAAAUGGCAGCAUUUUUACAGUGGAGGCGAUUUGUCUUUUUUGAUAAAGAGACAGUAAAAGAUGCUGGAGAUAAUGGGAAGAACUUCGUACUCCCCGUUGGAAUCUCGGCGUGUGAUUCGGGCAGAGGACACAUUGUUAUUGGAGAUAUGGAUGGUCAGAUCUGGUUUUUGACACGCUCCCUGCAGUUGACUUCCUUCCAGGCAUAUAAACUUCGUGUGACACACCUUUAUCAGCUUAAGCAGCACAGCAUUCUGGUCUCAGUUGGACAGGAUGAGCCAGGAAUAAACCCAUUGGUCAAAGUAUGGAACCUGGACAAGCGAGACAGCGGGAAUCCUUUGUGUACCAGAAUAUUUCCAGCUAUUCCUGGGAACAAGCCAACAGAAGUUUCUUGUUUAAGUGUACAUGAGAACCUCAACUUCAUGGCCAUUGGAUUCACAGAUGGAAGUGUGGUGUUGACCAAGGGUGACAUUACCAGGGACAGGCAUAGUAAAACCUUAACUCUGCACGAGGGCACCUGUCCCAUUACAGGCCUAGCUUUCCGUCAAGCAAGCAAGGUGACUAACCUGUUUGUGGCCACUUUGGAAAAAGUUCAUUGCUACACUCUGUCGGUCAAGGAGUACCCCAAAUUAGAGCUGGAUACACAUGGCUGUGCAUUGCGUUGCUCCUCCCUCACCGACCCCUCCCAGGACUCACAGUUUAUAGUAGCAGGUGAUGAGUGUGUGUACCUGUACCAGCCUGAUGAGAGAGGGCCCUGCUUUGCUUUUGACGGCCACAAGAUAAUGGCCCACUGGCACAGAGGCUACCUCCUACUACUCACCAGAGACACCAAGUCACCCAACAAGCCUGGAUUUGGGAGCAGAGAGACAUCUCCAUCUGAGAAACAAAUCCUGAGCAUUUACGACCUAGACAACAAGUUCAUUGCUUACAGUGCUUCUUUUGAAGACAUCAUCGAUGUGCUGGCAGAGUGGGGUUCUUUCUAUAUCCUGACUAGAGACGGCAAGAUGUUUGUGCUGCAGGAGAAAGAUACUCAAACCAAACUAGAGAUGCUCUUUAAGAAGAACCUAUUUGUCAUGGCCAUCAACCUGGCUAAAAGCCAACACCUAGACAGUGACGGCUUGUCAGAGAUCUUCAGACAGUAUGGUGACCACCUCUACAACAAAGGAGACCACGACGGAGCUAUACAACAGUACAUCCGCACCAUUGGGAAAUUGGAGCCCUCGUACGUAAUUAGGAAGUUCCUAGAUGCCCAGAGGAUCCAUAAUUUGACAGCCUACCUGCAGGCACUUCACAGGCUGUCCCUGGCCAAUGCAGACCACACCACCCUACUGCUGAACUGCUACACCAAGCUGAAGGACAGUUCCAAGCUGGAAGAGUUUAUUAAGAGCAGUGAGAGUGAAGUCCACUUUGAUGUAGAGAUUGCCAUCAAGGUGCUGCGCCAGGCUGGAUACCACCACCAUGCUGUCUUCCUGGCCGAGAGACACAUGCACCACGAAUGGUACCUGAAGAUCCAGCUAGAAGACCUCAAGAACUACCAAGAAGCUCUGCGAUACAUUGGUCGGCUGCCCUUUGAGCAGGCAGAGAGCAACAUGAAGCGCUAUGGAAAGACUUUGAUGCACCAUGUUCCUGAGGACACCACACUCUUGCUGAAGGGUCUAUGCACCAACUACCAGCCAAACAGUGACUCCACUGAUGUGGACAGCCUGGAUAGAAGCCUAACCAACAAGGCCAACUCUGAAGAGUUCAUCCCAAUCUUUGCCAACAACCCACGAGAGCUGAGGGCCUUCCUGGAACACAUGAUAAAGGUGGAACCUUUCUCUACUCAAGGCGUGUACGACACCCUGCUAGAGCUUCGACUGCAAGACUGGGCUCAUGAACAGGACCCUGAGAGGAAGAAAGUUCUCCAGGGGGCAGCUCUGUCUUUGCUGAGGAGUGACAACACUGUGUUUGACAAGGCCUUGGUACUAUGUCAGAUGCACAACUUCAAAGAAGGGGUCCUUUACCUCUAUGAAAAAGGCAAACUCUACCAGCAGAUCAUGCACUACCACAUGCAGAAUGAGGAGUACAGUAAAGUGGUGGAGGCCUGCAAGCGUUUUGGUGACCAGGAGGUGUGCUUGUGGGAGCAGGCGCUGGGCUACUUUGCCCGGAAAGAGGAGGACUGUAAGGAAUACAUAAGCGAAGUCCUGCAGCACAUCGACCAGAACAAUCUGAUGCCUCCGCUACUGGUGGUGCAGACCCUGGCGCACAAUUCUACGGCCACGUUGUCUGUUAUUAAAGACUACCUUAUCAACAAGCUGCAGAGGGAGAGCCAGCAAAUUGAGGACGACGAACGCAAGAUCUGCCAGUACCGCGAGGAGACGGCCCACCUACGCUCCGAGAUCCAGGAGCUGAGGAGCAGUGCAAAGAUCUUCCAGAAAACCAAGUGCAGCAUGUGCAACAGUCCCCUGGAGCUGCCCUCCGUCCACUUCCUGUGCAGCCACUCGUUCCACCAGCACUGCUUUGACAGCUACGCCGAGAGUGACUCAGAGUGUCCCACCUGCACACCGGAAAACCGCAAGGUGAUGGACAUGCUGCGCGCCCAGGACCAGAAACGAGACCUGCACGACCACUUCUCCAGACAAUUACGGUGCUCCAAUGAUGGAUUUUCUGUGGUGGCUGACUACUUUGGCCGCGGGGUGUUCAACAAGCUGACCUUGGUGACAGAUCCCCCUGGUAGCAGAGGAGGAGCUGGGAGCCUGGAUGCAGACCUACAAAGAGACUUCCUCAUCCACACUAAGAGAAAUACCUAACUCUACAUCAAGAAUAGAGUAGGCUUGCUAUCCACCUGUUUUAUCAUUUGCAUUACAUUAUGGUUUUCUGCACUGGUUGAUAAUGAAUAGUGCCAAGCUGCGCACAAUGCUCUAACGGAACAACCUGACUGUAACCUUUGUAGUCCAGGAUAAAGUGUUUUAUUGUAGUUAUGCCCAGAAUUCCAAUUUGCAGAAAUACUGUUCAUUGAACACAGUUAUUUGCACUGUUCUGGGGGGUCAAUUGAGCAACUAUGUUGUGAAAUUCAGGUUAUGCAACACCACAAACAUUUUUUGGAAGAAAUGUCUGUUUCAAAUACUUAACCUCUUAAUGUAAUAACAAUGUAUGUUUUGAGCAUGUCUCUGAUUUGCAACUACAAUGGGUAGUUAUGUAUGUCAUAUUUAUUCAUAUCAUGCCAAUGUCGGGAAUAAAGAAAUAUGGCUUGGUCA